UUAUAAAAGCCCAGCCACUCGCCUUCACAUAGUUUAGUCUGUUUCAGAUUUUCAAAUUGAACACAAACUUGGGAUAACCUACCUUCAGAAAGGAUUCACUAUGCAAAAAACUCUUUUGAUAUUCCUUGGGCUCUUGGGUGUGUGCUGGAGCGCCAGCCUUGUGGGAACCACUGGCGAUCAAGAGGCGUGCCUGUACGAGGACGAAAUCUGGGGUGGCGAGGAUAUACGCAAAUUCUACUUCUGCAUCAAUGGUGAAGUCUACGAGGAUACGUGCGAUACAGACUAUUAUUUUGUGAGAAAUGCCACCUACUCGGGCUGCCUGCCAUCUGCUCUGAUGAACCCGCAGUGCGUCAACCUGGACGCUGUUGAACCCGACUGCGAGGGCCUCAGCGCCGAGCAGCCACAGCCCACCGAUUUGCUGAACCAAUACUACCUCUGCACCGACGAUGGCGUCAAGCAGCUAUCCUGCGGGGAGGACAAGGCCUUUAUCAACCAGGACGGAUACCUGGGCUGCUUCCCCUGGACGCAGUGGCGCACUCUGCGCAAUUGCAGCGAAGGCUAGUGGUCCGGACGGAGACCAUCUCUAUCUAUUAAUUUGGGGUUCUUCCUUGUCCACUUAUCGCGAUUAAAAGUGUCCGAACUGAAGGUU